AUGACAGCCCGGUCGGCGAUAUUCAAUGGUGAUCGUUGGUUACCCUCGUGCCAGGUCGACUUCGUCAAACGAGCGAAAGAUGAGAUGUCCCGUCAGUGCAUUUCGGAGGAGGAGCGCAAUUCGCUCCUAUCCCGUGUUCGUGUCAUCGCAUAUGGCGAUCCCCAGCCUGUUAUUACACCUGAGCUGGCGCAAAUUCUGUUGAGCAUGGAUCCUCGCGAGGUUCACGAUCCACCGUUGAAGACUUGCGCUGAUGGGGUCCAUAUGAUUAAUAAACUCAUGGAUGGACAGACCUUUAUCGACAAACUGGGUCAGGAAUGGGGCCCAGUUGGCGCCGUUCCAAAGAUUCUUGUUGCUGAUCUGGUGAUGGGGAAUAUCGUCCUUCCAGUGAAGGAGAAGUACAAUAUAUGGGUGUUCGUUUGGUGGGCUGGGAGUAUCGGAUCGUUCACCAGGGCCUUCGCCCCGCUGAAGCACGGAGGGCGUACAGAGGGAUAUUCCGAUGAGUGUGAAGCGAUCUUCGCUGAGCCAGAAAGACGGAAUGGACGAUCUUUCAGAGAGAUUGCACUUGAUAUGGGGAUCAGAGAUCACCGGGCGUCUGACAAUUUUGUACGCCUUGCUGGCAUGCCCCCCUACUUUCAGUGGGAAGAUUACCCCCAACCGGUGUGGCUCAUAGCGGUGUACAAUAUACUGAUUGGAGGGAAGAAGCUGGUCGAUGCCGCUGACGGGUUCUUGAUGACGACCUUGGAGGAACUAGAGCCAGAAGGACAUAAGGAUAUGAUCCAGUGGGCUCGCCGUCAUCGAGUCCUUUGCCUGGGUCCACAGCUUCCCGUGGCUUUGUUUUCUCAAGAUUCGCAGACUUCUGCCGAGGCUCUUGCGAAGCUGGAUGUCAAUUACAACGCAGUACCGGCGGCUAGUGUUGCCAACCAGAAUGGGAAUCAUAUGACCACAGUGGGGAUCAACGGGCACGUUUCAGUUGACCCUGCCAUUGCUUUCCUCGAUAGGUCGCUCGCGGAGUAUGGGCAGCACAGCGCAAUAUACGUCUCAUUCGGUUCACUCCUGUCCCCACAUGAAGCACACAUGAAGAUUCUCAUCGAGACCUUGCUGGCCUUGGAGAAGCCCAUGCCGUUCAUUAUCACUAAUGCCAGUGGAAGUUUGUCAGAUGAUCUCAAAGUUGCUACGGAAAAGAGCGGACGCGGACUGGUGGUCGCAUGGGCACCGCAGCAGGCGAUGCUCUCCCAUCCAAUAAGUGUUAUAUAUGUGGGAUUAGGGUGGAUGAUCACCCACUGCGGUGGUGGAGGAAUGUUCGAAUCUCUGUCUUCCGGUAUGCCCGUUAUCGCCUGGCCGUUCAUGGGCGACGAACCCCAGCACGCGCUGUGGAUUUCGCAAGUUCUUGAUACCGGAUUCGAACUGUUGCAGGUUCGCACUGGAGUCCCAGGAAAGCCUGGCCUGCGGAACGGCACUAGCAUCCCAAUUCUUGGCACAGCAGAAGCGAUCAGGACCGAACUUCAUGAGACGUUGCAGCGCGCGCAGGGCAAAGAUGGGGCGAGGAAGAGGGAGAAUGCGCAGAAGUUCAAGAAUAUGAUCUCCAAUGCGGUGAAGAAAGGCUGA